AUGUCUGCUCCCACUGGCUGCUGCACAAGGCUGUUGCUCAGGGUAAAAGAGCUCUGACUUAUGCACUUGCACAGAGAUUUGCAACUCUAAAUAAGAUCAACGAGAAGGAUGCAGAGAAACGGACUGCAUUACAUCUUGCCGCAGAAAAGAACCAACAUCUGAUGGUGAGUGACCUGAUAUCCCUAGGAGCCAAUGUCAACGAACAGGACAGUUUAGGGAAAACUCCACUCCAUCUGUGUGCAGAGAAUGGAUAUUUGAGAGUUUUAGAGGUUUUGAAAAAUUGCAAAAACAACGGGGUGUGUGUUGAAGUGAAUCUGACUGACCAUUAUGGUUUAACACCACUGCACUGUGCUGCUCUUGCCCACACUGCCUUAGUAACCGAAUCUCAAAAGACUGAUACCAAUACUGACAUGGGAAGGUUUAUCAGACUACGCAAAGAUCAAAUUCUGGAAGGAAUUAACUGCUUAUUACAAAUGGGAGGAAAGCCUGAGUUACAGGUACUAAAUUCAUGUCAAAUUACCACUUCCCAUUUAAAAAUUGAGGAGAAUACAGAACUUAUGUGUUUGCUUCAGAGUCAUAAAUCUAACUGGCAGAACAUUCUUCAAAAGAGUUACGGCUUGCUGGAUGCUCCAAGAAGAAUGCUUGAUCCCUCAUCAACAGAUAACUUUUCUGAGCUUUUUUCCAUACCAUCUUUGGACCUCUGACAUCAUUCUUAAAGGGAAAUGCUGCUAAAGUUCAUUAUCUGCACCUCAUGGUCCGUGUGCUCCAACUGUUGCUGAAGUACAGACAGAGAACAGACAUCUAAAUUCUUCAAAUGUAUUAUAGCUUUAAUUGACUGUUGUAUAUAUCUCUUCAGUGCUGAGAAUUAAAGAGUAAACCAAUAAAUGGAGAAAACCCUCGAGCCAGGUUUCAACAGUAUUAGGCAUUCAGUGUUAGAUGCUCCAGUAAAUGAAUAAGUUGUAAUUUUCUCACAAAGCUGAUCACUUGCACUUCUCUUCUGAAGUUCGAGUUCCAGGUGUUUUACAUUCUGAAGCUCUAACAAAUUGUUAAUGCAGGUGCCCAGCUCAAAAAAAAACAAUCAACUUGGAUGGAUUGAUCCUAGUCUUAAAAGUACCAGUGUAAGAUUAUUCUUUACAGUCCACAUUCAAUGUUCAGGUGUGCUGGAAAUCACAGGCACUAUGUAAUUCUAAACAUGAACUACGGGAACACAGAAUCUGAUGGGCUAGCUUUAAUACCUCCUGCAGACCAGCUCAAUUUGGCCAAGGCUGAAGUUGUUAUGCGUUCAGGCAAUCCUAUUGGGAAAAAAAAUAAUCAAAAUAAAACAUACCCACACCAUGUAACUGAGCAUGUUCUCUCAACAAAAAUUGAGCUAUUUAUUUAUGCAAUCAGAAUUUGCCACCAAUAAUGGAUUGUAGGUGAAGUCUGGGACAGAAGGUGUUUUGAAUCCAUUCCUUUCACUCUGGGUGACGCAACGAAUAUACUUGUACAAAAUUUAAGUAUAUAACAACGGUUUUAAAGGCCAUUGUUUAUACUAAGCAAUAUUGCAAGUUAAAAGGAUAACAAGGAGCUAAAAUUAUUCCAUGCUGCCAGAUAGCCAAGUAUUCAGUAGAAUUCCUAUAAAUUAGACAAUAAUUGUCAAAAUAAUUCUUCCCAGACUUAGUAUCAUUUUAUUUUAACUUCUGAUUGUGAAUUAGCUGGUUUCUAUGAAACUUUCCUGUUUGCUACAUAUGGAGCA